AUGUUACAACGUUUGAAUAUCCCAAGAAGCUACCAACUUUUGCUUCUCUCGCUGGUAGUCUAUUCAGCUACUUUCCUAUCGAUAUAUUUUGCAGUUCUAUCAUCAACUUCAUAUCUUCAGGUAACGAUAAAACUGUCUCAAGGGUUCAAUGCUAUUGUCCUGGUUCUAUUUGCUAUCCUCAACGGAACCUACGUUUGGAGAUUCUUUAUAUGGCUAGCCUUUGGUAAUUUAAGAUUAAUCGAAUACGAACAUGUAAUGGAAAGAUUGCCGUUCACUAUUCUGAAUAUGGUAAUCACUUAUUCCAUGUUUAAUGAUAAAUCUAUUGCGUUUACAGGUUCUAUAUUUGGGUUUUUUCUGAUUUUUAUGAAAGUUUUGCAUUGGAUUUUAAGGGACAGACUAGAUGCUAUCGUACAAUCCUUUAACGAUUCUUCAACUUUAACUUCAAUUAUUCUAUCGAAUAAUUUCUUUCUAAAUUUAAUAAUCUUUACCAUUGUGGAUUAUAAAAUGGUAUCUUAUUGUGUUUCAAAUUCACUAUCAAAUUCAAUGGGUGCCUCCACAACUGUUCACUUAUUAUUAGGUAUGGAAUUCACCAUGUUACUAAUAGAUUUGUUGAAUCUAUUCUUGCAUACAUGUUUGAAUUUAUACGAGUUCCAUCUAACUACUCUAGAAAGAAGCUCCAACAUCAUCCAAGAGGAUGGCGAAGAUGAUGAAGAGGAUGAUGAAUUACAAUUUAACUCUUUGGAAGGUAAAUUCAUGUACGAAAAGACAAUAGAUGUCUUUACAAGAUUUUUGAAAACUUUUAUCCAUAUUCUGAUGUUGAUUCCGUUGAGAAUGAAAUUCUUCUUACUGUUGAAAGACGUUAUAUGGAAUGUAAUUUCCCUUUAUAAGCAUACAGGAAGUCUGUGGAAAACUUGGAAAAAUAAUAAACAGUUGGAUGACAAAUUACCAACAGCAUCUAUUGAAGAAUUGAAAAAUACUGAUAAUAAUAUUUGUAUUGUCUGUAUGGAUGAUUUGUUACCAAGAAUAAACUCAGAAAAAUAUGAUUCUCAAAGAGAAAAGGAACUUUAUGAUCACAUUAUGAAAUCAAAACAAAAACCGAAGAAAUUGCCUUGUGGGCAUAUAUUACAUUUGAACUGUUUGAAAAACUGGAUGGAAAGAUCUCAGACCUGUCCUAUUUGUAGAUUGCCAGUUUUCGAUGAUAAAGGUAAUGUGAUGCCUUCAACCCAUUCACAAAAUCAAACAGAAACUCAACAGCAACAACCACAGACACAAACGCAAUCGACUACAGAAUUACAACCCCAAACCGAGGUCCAACCUGAUUUGAACCAACGACAAGAAACUAAUAUACAGCAUAACGUCCAAAAUGUUAUAGAGACUCCUGGUAGAGAUUCUGCUCAAGAUGCCUCAAGAGGAGGAACAGGUUCUAACUCUGAUCAUAAUUUAACGAAUACACAAGUAUCUAGUGAGGGUAGUAGUAAUGAACAGCAAGGAAAUGUAACUAAUAGUAUACUAAAUACCUCAUCCUGGUAUUCUUUCCCAAUAAAAACAUCAAGUGAUAGUUCUAUAACAUUUGACAUUUCUGAUGCCCAUGAUCCUGCUAAAGUAUAUCCAGCAAAAUUAUCUGUUGAAGAAAAAGUUUCUAGUAGAACCUUAAAUUCAGAUGGUGGCAUGUUGCAAGUUGUUAUCAAAGAUAAGGACAUAAAAACUGUAACUGAUUCCAAGACAAUUGAUCUCUUGAAGAAAAGGAUCACUGAAUUAGAAGAAAAGGUAGAUUCUUUAGCAGCUAAUGUCCAAAAUGUUGAAUGA